AUGGCCAAGGGUGAUGUUAACCAGGCCGACAAGACCGUCUUCGGCAUGCCCGGAUUCGUCGUCGACUUCCUAAUGGGUGGUGUCUCCGCUGCCGUCUCCAAGACUGCUGCCGCCCCCAUCGAGCGUAUCAAGCUCCUCAUCCAGAACCAGGAUGAGAUGCUUCGCGCUGGUCGUCUCGACCGCAAGUACAACGGUAUCAUGGACUGCUUCCGUCGUACCGCCGCCUCCGAGGGUGUUGUUUCCCUGUGGCGUGGUAACACUGCCAACGUUAUCCGUUACUUCCCCACCCAGGCUCUUAACUUCGCCUUCCGUGACACCUACAAGUCCAUGUUCUCCUACAAGAAGGAGCGUGAUGGAUACACCAAGUGGAUGAUGGGUAACCUUGCCUCCGGUGGUGCUGCUGGUGCCACUUCCCUCCUCUUCGUCUACUCCCUCGACUACGCCCGUACCCGUCUUGCCAACGACGCCAAGUCCGCCAAGGGCGGUGGUGACCGUCAGUUCAACGGUCUCGUUGACGUCUACAAGAAGACCCUCGCCUCCGACGGUAUUGCCGGUCUCUACCGUGGUUUCGGUCCCUCCGUUGCUGGUAUCGUUGUCUACCGUGGUCUGUACUUCGGCAUGUACGACUCCAUCAAGCCCGUUGUCCUGGUUGGUCCUCUCGAGGGUAACUUCCUUGCCUCUUUCCUGCUCGGCUGGACUGUCACCACCGGUGCCGGUAUCGCUUCCUACCCCCUGGACACCAUCCGUCGUCGUAUGAUGAUGACCUCCGGUGAGGCCGUCAAGUACAAGUCCUCCAUGGAUGCUGCUCGCCAGAUCGUCGCCAAGGAGGGUGUCAAGUCUCUCUUCAAGGGUGCCGGUGCUAACAUCCUCCGUGGUGUUGCCGGUGCUGGUGUCCUGUCUAUCUACGACCAGGUCCAGCUCAUCCUCUUCGGCAAGAAGUACAAGGGUGGCUCUGGCUAA